CGGUAGGCUUGGCCCUCGCGAGCGAGAGAGCGGAGUCGUAGCCUGUCAGAGUCCACAGUCCUAACUCGGCCUCAGGCUGCGAUAGAUCGUAUCUUUCGCGGCUUCGAUCUCACCGCGGUCGGAGCAGUAGUCAUUCGAUCCUCGCGAUCAAGUGAAUCGCGCGUGACAGCAGUCGCGAAUCGCGAGCGUGCGCGCGCGCGCGCACACCACAAUCGGGCUCCUUUUCUUCUCGCCGGUCGAACCUCCCGAUCGAACGAUCGCGAGUGAUCGAACGAUUUUUACGAGGAAGGGGAUUUUUACCCGAGGGUGAACUCGACUAUCCCUCGCCUACUUAUCCGUGGCGGAUAUUAUUUUUUUUAUUUUUGUUUUCAUCUUCGAUCUCUUCAUUUCUUUCUUCGACCGAUCGCCACUGAUUUCAAGGAAGCGGACUCGAGGGCGGAUUAUCGCAAUCGCGUUCGUAAAAGAACGGGAUACCGGAAUACUGUUACGGGAGAUGCAAUCGAAAUCACGGUGUUGCCGAAAUCACGUCUGAACAAACGAGUCGUAAAUCAGACUGAAAGAUGCAGGCGGCACCGCCUCUGCUGUCAUUCCUCCUGAUCCUUCUGUAUCAUUCGGGAUGGACCUACGGGCUCUGCAAGCUGGAGAACAAUACCGCAGCAUGGUGCGACAAGCUGGAGGACCUCGAGCACAUCGAGACGCACCAUCUGGAGAUUUUGAGCGUACCGGUCGCACAAGACAUUUUAGUCCCGGGUCUCUUCGACAAUUUGACCAAUCUUAGACAUCUUGAUCUAUCCAAUGGCGAUCUGAUAAAAAUCGAGCCAGGAAGUUUUCAAACUUUAAAUAAAUUGAAAAGUCUUAAUCUUGGCGAGAACAGCAUCGAGAACCUGGAACUGGGUUCUUUGGAGGGUCUGAUCCAUCUGCGAAGCCUGAAUUUACGGAAGAAUGCCAUUCGGCAAUUGCCACCCGCGUUGAUGCGCCUGAAGAACCUUAGACAUCUAGAUAUCUACGGUAAUCCAUUCGAGUGCAACUGCGCCACCCUGAAAGUCCGUGAUCUUAUCGUGCAGAGGGACGUGACGGUAUCAAAGAAGAUUGUGUGUGCAGGUCCCGGCAACAUGAAGGGCAUGUCACUGAUGAAGUUGAACGCGGCGAUCAUCUGCAGUUUUGAGGAGCAAGAUCGUGAAAUGCAAAAUGAUCAGGCGGAGGGAUCCGGGACAGAUCUGGGCUCUGGAGACAUAUUGGAUGAGCUUAGCGAAGAGGAGGAAGAAGAUGACGAGUACGUAGAAAUCAAGAACAGUACGGAAAAACUAAAGGAGUUAGAAGUCGAGACACCUUUUCCUACUGUACUACUGGUGGAUUCCACGACGGAGUCUCUUUCUUCGAAAGAAUCAACGGAGAUCACGGAAGAAACUAUCGAUACAACAACGAAUUCCUUGCAACGUAGCUCUGAGGACGAAGAAAUUUUCUUCGAUAGCGAAGAGAAGAAAGAAUCAACAACUGAGAUGUCACGAAAGAAGGAAGAUGUUAAGGAUGCCUUGUUCUAUCCAACCGGAGGUUCCGGUGACGGGGAUGAAGGUUCCGGGGAAGGAUCCGGUAUUUGGAAACCUUAUGACGAAGAAGAAAAUACUGAAAAAGAAAGUACCGAUGAAGGCUUAUCGAUCUUUAGUUAUCCAACUAACUUAUUUAGUAUAUUUUUUGAUGGUUUUACGGGAUCUUCCGCGACUACUACGUCAAAGACUUUGGAUUCUCACGAAGAUGAAUUUAUAACGGUGUCCGUAAAUAAACUGGCUACUGAGGAGCCGAUCGUACCAGUUGAAAGCCAUUCAGUUGAAUCCGAUAUCGAUAAAAUCACCACUGAGACUGCCACGAAAGUUAUAUCGCCCAUUUUAAUUGCCAAUGAUGUGGAAGUGUUAAAAUCUUCUGACACGGAUGACAAAUCUAAAUCUGGUAAUGUCAUAGAGAAUGUUAAUGAUAAACAAGCCGAAAUAUCCUCACCUAAACAGUCUAAAAAAGGUAUGGGCUCAUACGUUGUUUUGGCGGUUCUGCUCGCCAUCGUGGCUGCGCUGAUUGGUUUUGCCGCAUAUAGAGGCGAGAUAUGUAGAAAGAGGAAACCACCCGAUGUAGAGACCGGUACUGAGAUGAAAGAGAUACAGAAGCCUCUAGUAGAGCAUGGCGAUUCGACCCAGCCGAAGAAAGAGGAGAAGAUCGCCUCCAACGGAACCAAUCAUGAGAGCGUUCCUCUCAUGAAGACCAAUCCCGGUGGAGACGACGCAAAGAUUGACGAGCUCUAUGAUGACGAUUAUAAGACGCAAGAAACGCCACGUCUCAAUGGUACCGCCGAUCAUUCGGAACCAGUGAAGCCACCCAGAAAGCUAUUGAAUUCGCAAGACGAGAAUAUGAUUUCGCAGGAGAACGAGGUGAGCGAAGAGAGGCCUCGCGUGGACGUGAAUUCCUUGAAGAGAAAUUUUCUGGAAGACAGAACGAAUCAGCAGCCUUCCACUUCAACGAUGGCGACGAUCAACGGACCGACGACGCACAGUUCGGAACUCAAUGGGCCACCGCUCAGCCCCGGGGCUCAAAGGGUGAAGAUCACCCUGCAGGAGAAUCCCGACAGUGUGCCAAAGACGCCCAUACUCAUUACGCGAACGAUGGCUGGUGAGAAUCUAGUCAAGACGCCAUGAAGCAGUGACCCAGGGACAGAGCCUACGCGAGAUAACGAACACUAUAUCGACCAAUGUGCUCGUCUGUCGAAGGAAAGAAAUCGAGAGACGAACGAUGUGGUGCAAAAAUGAGAGAAAAGAUUUUUUUCACGAUAAAUGCGACGUGUUCCAGGUGUGGUUUAUGAUAAUGUUGUUCCUAGAGCUGCAGAGGGACUCCUCGCGAUGGAUUUUCGUGAUAAAGAAAAAUUACUGAGUCAGAGACCGUACACGCUGGCAGAGUUGUUAUUGUUUUCGGCAGGAAGCUGAAAGUGUGCGAAAGGGAAAAGUAUCUCGUAGCUUAGGCACGAGUGUAACCUUGGGCCGUUUCGGUGAACAAUUGGACGCACGAAUGCUAUAUGUAUAUAUUUGUUAAAAAUGUAUGCACGGUACAGAAUGUCUCUCG